AUGGGAGAAUAUUACCAGCAUCUUUUUGAAAAUCAUAAUAGUAUUGACCAGAUAAUCGAACCAAGAUGUCCUGGUUACUAUUGUGGUCGACUAGAUUUAGGUAAUGGACGUACAAGUGAUUGUGGUUCGUGUCCGUCGGGUACAAAAGUCAAUUCAAUUCAUAUUUGUCAACAAUGCACAGAUUCUCCUUCAUCAUAUGAUUUCAUGUACCUCUUAUUCAUGGCAACAGUGCCUUUAUUAUUUCAUGCCGUGUACAUAGAUCUUUCUUUGUCGUCAAUAUUAUGGGCAUUCAAAGGAAAAAGUGGAAAUUCUCAGAAAAAAACUAAAACAAAAAUUGUCCUAAAUAUAUCAGCAAUAUUGGAAAUAUUUAUUGCAGCGGUUUCAGCAGUCCUAAUUGUUGAUCCUAUUGGACAUCUAUGGAUUCGAUCAUGUCGUACACAAUGGCUAUCUGAUUGGUAUACCGUUUUGUAUAAUCCAACACCAGAUUACCGUGAAUCAUUACGAUGUACUCAAGAAGCUGUAUAUCCAUUGUAUUCCAUGAUUUUUAUUUUUUAUCUGGCUUGUAUAAUUGUUUUGCUCACGAUACGUCCAUUGUUGUCUGCUUAUUUCAAUCUUAACAGAGGGGCCUAUUUGAAAACUAUAUAUGCUGGAUUAUAUUUUUUCCCUAUAGCAGCUAUAAUUCAUGCGUUCCUAGGAGGUAUUGUUUAUGUCACAUUUCCUUAUAUUGUAAUUGUUGUUUCUGUAAUAUCAAGUGCGAUUCAUUUUGCUACAGAAAUAAAUCAGUCUGCAAAGUAUUUGAUUGUGAACACUGUAUGUGUGCCAAGAAACAUACUGAUUGUAGCUGUACAUUGGGUCAGUCAUGGAUUUGGUAUUGUAGCCAUAACUCAGUUGGAAAAUCCACCAGUUGACUAUGCUUUAUUGUUACUCAUUCCUUUACCAACCCUUUUUUAUAUUGCAACUACACGCAUAAGUGAACCAUCAAAAAUUCUUGUAUUAUGA